ACCACUGCGUACAAGACUGUAUGUCUUUGUAUUCUACGUUCGGGGAACGUAUAGAUCUCCAAGUGACUUUAACUCUUUUUCAGGAGGUAUGUUUUCCAAACAAAACGUUUUUUAUUUAUAUAUAAUUUUACAUUUAAUUCAAAAAUGGUUAAUAAAAAUUCUCCUAUCAUUGCAGGUUUGUUUCGGUUAUAGAAUUGUAUAGGUGUUUGAGAAAUAGGUAUGAACCACAAACAAAUUCUACUUCAAUUUUGUUUCAAAACUUGGUUAUGCCUUUUACUUGAUUAAAAUGACAAAACUAAAAAAAAAAAAUUUAGUGGAACCUCAUUAUUCCAGUAGUUGGGUUAAGUAUUUAAUAUUCAUAUAUCAUAUAUUUGGGUUUUCGAGUCCAAAAAAAUAUAAUCUAGCAUCAUUUAUACAAUUUAAUAGAGAAAAAUUUAUUUACGAUUUUCCAAUAUGGUGCAAGCAAAACCGCUUGAUAUAUGGAUCUUCGUUAGUCAACUAUAAUCUGGAUUUUGAGCUAUUUGGUUUGCUUCAUUCGGUUAAAUAGAAUCUGUUUUUUUUUUUUAGUUCAGCUCAGUUAAUUUGAAAUAAUAAUUUCUUCAACGUUUGGGUUUGAUAAGUUUGGAGGAAACCUUUGAACUAUAAUAGCUUCUCUUUUUAUUAACUUAGCAAAGUACAUAACUUGUCUAACAAAUUCCUUAUAUAAUAGAAUAUGAAAUCUAACUUAUAAAUUGAUGCUAACUUUCCUAAUAGUUAAAUGGAAAUAUGUUCUAGGUAAUCUCCUAAUUGUUGAUCAAAAAAAAAGAAGGUAAUCUCCUAAUCACCGAGAUAUCCUAAUAGGGUUACACAUUUGGUUUAGUUUAAGGUUGAUGAAUUUCAGUUCAAUUGUUUUUUCUCAGCCCAUAUCAAAUGACCAGAUUCCCUAUUGCUUACCAGAGAGAUUAGAGUCUGAUUUGCGUGAACCUUAACCUACACGAGACAAUCUAGGGUUUCAUAUUAACUUAGGGCUUCAAAAAAGUAGUUCGGGACUCGGGAGACUUUUAUAAGCUUUUUGAAGAAAUUGGUGAGAAGUCGAUACGUCGAUACGAUCUAUUAAAGUUUUUGUUUAACCGUGCACGGGCUAUGUGAGGUAAUUACAACCUUGUGUUUUGCAUGGAUAUGGAUACUUUGCUUCUUCCACAUAGUGAGUUUCUUCUGUUCCCCUUCUUGGAAACAAAGAACAACUGUAUCGGAUGCUUUCUUUAUUGUUUCUUGUUUCAGCCUGCAAGCCAGCUUCGAUGCCACGAAGUAGUAAUAUAAAGCAAGAUUUCUCUUUAGUUUUUUUAUUCAGAAACAGAGGAUCACACCUGAACGUCACCUUUUAAUUAGACAAAAGACUUUGUAAGAGAAUUUGCAGGUGUUUGUUUGUUUCCCAUUGCCAUUGCCAUUUUGACCAUGGCGCAAAAAUGUACUAUCGAUCAGAUUAAAGACGUCCUAUCUGGCCUGCAGUCUCAGUUAGAUGCCAUACAAGAAUCCAAGAGAGAUACCGUUCUUGACUUACAGUCUGAGCUAGAUGCCCCAACCCAAUCCAAGAAAGAUAAUGCUGUUGAAAAGAAUGAGGAACCGGUUGAAGAGAAGAGACCUCAAACAUCAUCUUGGUGGGGUCGGAUCAGAGAAGCAGUUAAAAAAGGUUUUAAAGUGAAGAAAGAGAGCUCAGCCUAUGCAAGUGACAGCGUCGAAGGCAGUCAAGGCGGAAGCAGAAAAAGCAAGAGAAACCCCCGCCAAGAUGAAAAAGAUGCAAACCUCCGCCAAGAUGAAAAAGAUGCAAACCUCGAGAUCUUGAAACUGCAAAUCGACAUUCGUCAGAUGAAGGCUGCGUUUGAGAAACUGGCUCAUUUCCAAAGCAAUAUUAGCAAGUCGUUGGAGAUUGAAGUGCCUUCAAAUAAACUAAGAGCAAUACUAUUGAAGACUGAUUCAGCCAAGUCCCGGGCUCGGGAUCUCAAGGAAAUCAGAAGAAAGGUUCUCAACUUGAAGAGUCAGAUCCCGUUGUUGCUCAAGAAACAAUCAUCCAUAGGUUUAAGCGUUACAGAUUCUCAAACCUUUGAGGAAAAUGGUCAGAUCAUUGAGACAGGGAGCGACAUAUUCUUGCCUGGCCUCCACGUUUCCGAUGAUUUCAAAGAUUCUUCAGCAUUUGAAGAAGUCGUGGACAAGUUUGAAGUACUUGAGUUCACAUACAUGCUAUGUUUGCUGUCCUUCGCCGUGUUCCCGGAGAACAAAGAGGUUGAAAAGACAAUGUUGAUGUACUGGUGGAUUGGAGAAGGUUACAUCAGGUACGAAGAUUCCGAAAACACAGUAACUAGAAUUCUUGAUGAAUUCUCAAGAAAAGGGUUGGUGGAGCCGGUCGAAGAUGAGAGGAAACUAAAACCAGGUGGUUAUAAGAUGGAUCCUCAUGUGCACGCUGCAGUUAUCUACCUAGCCAGCCAUAAGGGGCUAGGGCUAUUUGAUCUCUACUCCAAAAAAAAGAAGCUUAAGAUGCAAUCCUCAGAAAGUCAUAACGUGUGCCUAGUAAAACGUUCGUCGUUACAACCAGAGGCUAAAGCAUCUAAAAUGCCACUGAAAGAUUUGAACUCGGUUUUCAAUUCCUCGGAAAGGUACCCUGAUUUCACAUUCAAGUGGUUUCCGGAGAUGGAUUCACUCAAGGUGCUUUAUUUAGGAAGAUGGGAACGCACUGCAAAGCGUCACAUUGAAGUUGAGAGCACAGAGUUUCUCAAGGAUAUAAAGUCUCUCAAGAGUCUCAGGCUGGCAAGUUUUCAAGGGAUCUCGAGGAUCGAAAACCUCAAAAAACUCCCAUGCUCGCUUCCGAAGCUAGUGAUAUUGGAUCUAAGAGCAUGCUACAAUCUAGAGGGUCUUCCUGAAGACAUAGGCUCGCUUGAGAGUCUGAUAUACUUGGAUGUAUCAGAGUGCUAUAUGCUAGAUCGCAUGCCUCGAGAGAUUUCGCGUCUUAAGACACUACAAGUUCUUAAGGGCUUUGUGAUUAGCCAGUCGGAUAAUGAAAAAGAGUGUGCAGUUAAACACCUUGAGAAUCUAAGGAAGCUAAGCGUUACAGUAAACAAAUACCAAUUCAAGGUGGAGGAUUUCAUGGAGUCGUUGAAAGACCUCAAGCAACUGGAGAGUCUGAAAAUAGCAUGGGGAGCUCGGUUCCCGUAUGAAGAAGGAGGAGGAAAAAUGGAAGAAACAGAUGAAGCAAAGGGGAGUAAAGAAACAGCAAACGAGGAGAAUCCUCCAAAGGAAGAAAAAGAUGAGAAGAAGGGACAGACAAACGAAGAUAUUAAUGAAGAGAGCUUGAAGGCUGAUAAGGUCAUUGAGGGAGACAAUGGGAAUGCUGCUCAGGAGGAAGGAAAGAAGCAAGAUAAGGUAGAUGCAGAGAAAUCAAGAUCAGAAGAUGGUGUUAUAAAGGCGAGUACAUCGUCGGAAUCAACAAACACGAUCGAAAACAAGAAAACAGAUGACAAACAAAAAGAGAAAAGGGAGAAAGUUAAUCCAGAAGAAGGAAAGAAGAAAGAUGAGGUGAGCUCGAAACCAGACAUGGUUACUGAAGGAGAUGAGAAAGACACUGUAAAAAGCAAGCCAGAUGAUCACCAAAGUGGUGACAAACCAGAAGAGAAAAGAGAUGGGGAAGAGGAUAAAACGGAAGGAGAGAAGAAAGCAGAUAAGGUAGAUAAGAAGACAAGUCCACCACAAGAAUCCAAAGACACUGUCACGAGCAAGCCAGAUGAUCAUCAAAGAGGUGGCAAACAAGAAGAGAAAAGAGAUAAAAUAGAAGAAGCUAAUACCAAAGAUGAGGUGAAAGCAGAGAACUCGAAACUAGAUGAGAAGACAAGUCCACCACAAGAAUCCAAAGACACUGUAACGAGCAAGCCAGAUGAUCAUCAAAGAGGUGACAAACAAGAAGAGAAAAGAGACGAAGGAGAAAAGGAUAUAAUAGAAGAAGAAGGAAAGAAGAAAGAUGAGGUAAAAGCAGAGAUGUCAAAACCAGACAAGAAGACAAGUCCAGCAGAAGACACGAUCAAGAGCAAGGCAGAUGAUCACCAAGAAAACAGUAAAGAUGGAGAAAGGAUCAAGGCUGCUUUAAAGAAGCCUGAUGAUGAAGGAGAAGCAAAGACUCAAAAGUUAGACAAGAAGAAGCUUGGUAAGAAAGUAAGUUUUUCAGAAGAACCGAGAGCUCCCGUGCAGAAGAAGCAAGCUACCAAGGAAUCUGGACCAAGAAAAUCAAAACUGUUCACCAUCACGAGAACCGAAACCAAGAAACAUGGGAAAGGAAGGCAAGAAGAUUCGGGGAUAGGUACCUCUAAGCUUCCUUCUAGCUUGAAGAAGCUGGAGCUAGAAUGUUACCCUGAAAAGGAACCUCCGGUUUGGUUAAACCCCAAAACACUUGACAAACUUGAAAAGCUCUCAAUCAAAGGAGGAAACCUUAGCAGUUUCAGCGACCACCCUUCAAAUGCAGAAAACAAAUGCAGCGUUCAGAUCUUACGUUUGAAGUAUUUACAUGAAUUCAAGGCUGAGUGGAAAGAUUUGCACACACUGUUUCCACAACUGAAACUGUUGGAGAAAUUUAAAUGCCCGGAAGUUGCAUUCUGUCCCACAGAUGGUAAUGGAGUCUGGAGAUCACAGCCAUAGACAUCACCAAGUAUUUGCUAAUUUGAUAUAACAACUCCUUGUUUCAAUAAGGGGAAGAAUAGCCUUUGUAACUUCAUUAGAGCUUAUGUAUCUAUCUCUCCCACACUCUGAAUAAAUAAACAUUCCUACUUAUUUAA